GCUGACCUCUGGAGCCUCGGGGCGCUGCUGUACAUGAUGCUGGAGGGCUGCUACCCUUUCGACAGCAGCCAGGCCGUGAGGGAGGUGCGCUUCGCGGACGCGAGACGGCCGAGCCAGGCAGCCCGUGACCUCAUCUCCGGGCUGAUGCGCCGUGGCCCACACGAGCGGCUUCCGCUGGAGUCGUGCUUGAGGCAUCCCUGGGUCAUCCUCCCGGGCGGCGCCCUCUCGCGUGCGGUGGACCUUUGCGAGGACUGCGAACGGCGGAGGCGACGCGAGCGCGAGAUGCGCGCGCCGUUGCCGAGCGACCCACGGGACGUCAGGCAGCUCAGGAUCGACCUGCAGCAGCUGACCGUGAAGUUCCGCCGCCCCGUCACGCUGUGCCGCCGCGAGGUGGUGAUGUCGCUCAGCGGCCCCGCGAUGCCAGAGGACGACGAGGCCUGGGAGCAGGUGGCCCUCACCCUCGCCCGCCACUUCCCUGGCGCGGGCCUCGGGGAGGUCGGAGGCGCCGCGCCCGCGCCCCUCCGCAGCGCCGCCGUCCGCGGCGGCCUGUCGCCCGUGGCGGAGGCGGCCAGCGAGGAAUUGCCGGGCGCCACGGACUUCCUGCCGCCCGGGGGGCCAGGGCUGUCGAGGAGCAGGCGCACAACGCGAGGAUGGGGGCCCGCGCCAGGCGCUGCCGCAGACGCUCCACUGCAGGGCGAGGGCAGCAGCGUGAAGGAGCCCACCACGCACCAUGGGCCGCUGGGAUGCUCACGGGGUCAGGCAGUGGUUAAGAGGAGCGUGUUGAGUUCUCAUCGUCGCUGGGCAUACAGCAGGAUCGCGCCGCCCCGAUGCGGCGGCAACGCCAGCCCGAGUGUUUCAGGGCCUGGGGCCAGGAGGGAACAACUGACGACACGACAUCCAUAA